AUGGCCCCCGUCUUCGACCCCUGCCCCAUCAUUCGCGCCCCCCCUCCUCCCACGAAGCCGCCCACGAAGCCGCCCACGAAGCCGCCCACGAAGCCGCCCACGAAGCCGCGGCCCUCGCCUGCACAGCCCACACCUGUUACGAAGCCGGGCGGUAGCGGUGGAAGUAAUAGUGCCAGUGAUAGUGAUAGUACCGGUGAAAGUGCUACUGGGGAUGUGCGGCUUGUGUUAAAGCUUGAGGCUUGA